GUGGCAGCCUGGUCCGGUUAGUUGUCAUCUACGUAGAAGGGAAGGGCAUGACAUGGAGCUACAUUAUCCUAACUUCAGUUAUACAUGCGUCGUAGCUUCUUAAAAGUACACAAGGAUAUAUAGAUUAUUGGGGGUAUUUCUAUGUACCACGGUUAGCAGCUGAUUUUGCUUCGACAUCUUGGAACAAACAGUGUAACUUACUUGUAUAUAGCGUUGACUGUUUAAAGGUAGUUCAAACAGAAAGCCUCAUGGCGUUAAUCCUGUUUACGAGGUCUCGAGCACCUUUAAUGAAGACCUCCAGGUCGUUAAAGAACGAAUUCAGGAAAGGUAAAGGGAAAGUACAAGAUGGAGCCUGUUUCAACUGCACAGCUCUCAGACUCUCCAGUCAAACACGACUUGGCAGCUUUGCCCAGGUGUCUUCACUCGGCCCCUCGGUCCCCUCAUCGGAUGGAUAUGUGGGCCCCAGCCGGAGCCCGGACUCACAGCGCCUCUACUGUGCUUUUGUGUCGGGGGCCUCUUCUUCGGCGUACCCCGCAGUCACAACGGGGACCCACUGGACGAUAGCGCGGCCACAGGACAUCCCCGGUGUGAGGUGGAUACACACCUCGAGGAGGAGGUGGGACGACUCCAAGGUGGAGAAGUCCCUGCGUUCGUUAAAGGACAAUAAGAAGAAGCUGGAGGAAGGAGGGCCUGUGUACAGCCCCACGCUGGAUGCAGCACCUGUGAGAAGGACGCUCCGACAGUGGGUCGUAGAUGAGGUGAAGCACUACUACCACGGCUUCAGGCUGCUGUGGAUCGAUACCACCAUUGCAGGGCGAAUGCUGUGGACGGUGUUGAACGGACACCCGCUGUCCCGCCGCGAGAGGAGACAGUUCCUCAGAACAUGUGCCGACGUCUUCAGACUCCUUCCCUUCCUGGUGUUCAUCAUCGUCCCCUUCAUGGAGUUCCUGCUUCCCGUCGCUCUGAAACUCUUCCCCAACAUGCUGCCGUCCACCUUCGAGACAAAGUCAAAGAAGGAGGAGAGGUUGAAAACAGAGCUGAGAGUCAAACUGGAGAUGGCCAAGUUCUUGCAGGACACCAUCGAGGAGAUCGCUCUGCGGAACAAGGCGGCUCAGGGGAACGUGACGGAGGAGUUCUCCACCUUCUUCCAGAAGAUCCGGGACUCCGGGGAACGUCCCAGUAACGAGCAGAUCAUGAGAUUCUCCAAACUGUUCGAGGACGAGCUGACUCUGGACAACCUGACCCGACCUCAGCUGGUGGCUCUCUGCCGUCUCCUGGAGCUCCAGUCCAUCGGGACCAACAACUUCCUCCGCUUCCAGCUCAUCAUGAAGCUGAGGACCAUCCGGGCGGAUGACAAGCUGAUAGCGGAGGAAGGCGUGGAGAGUCUGAGCGUGAACGAGGUGCAGGCAGCCUGUCGCGCCCGAGGGAUGAGGUCUCUCGGAGUCACAGAAGAACGACUGAGAGAGCAACUCAUCCAGUGGCUCGAGCUUCAUCUGAAGCAGCAGAUCCCCACGUCCCUGCUGCUGCUGUCUCGAGCCAUGUUCCUCCCCGACACCCUGUCCCCCGCCGACCAGCUGAAGACCACACUGCAGACGCUGCCCGAGAUGGUGACGAAGGAGGCCCAGUUGAUGGUGGCAGAGAUGGCGCUCUCCAAAGUGGACAAUAAGGCCAAGCUGGAGACCACGCUACGGGAGCAAGCGGUCAUACGCCAGGACAACAAGGACAGGGAGAUGGAGAGGUUGGCGGACGCUGCAGAGAAGGCUGCCAGGGAUGAGAUGGAGUUUGAAGCCGAGCUGGUUAAAGCGGACACGGCUGCUCAUUCAGAGACGCUGAGGGACACAGCACCGGUCAUAGAGGCAAUCAAGGGUGAGGAGAUCACCAAAGAGGAGAUUGACCUGUUGAGCGAUGCGUGCUCAAAGCUGAAGGACCAGAAGAGGCUGCUGACUCUGGAGAAAGAAGAGCUCGAAGAACUGAAGGAUGAUGUCCAGGAAUACAACGAGGAUCUGGAGGAGAUAAAGAAGGAGCUCUCCAAGACCGGGCAAGAAAAGGCGCUAGAGGAGUCAAAGGCGAGCCAGCGUCUGUCAAAGAGAGUAAACCGCAUGAUCGGUCGCAUCGGCAAGAUCAUCGGGGAGCUGGAGAAGGACAAGAUCAUCCUGGACGGCCAGGUGGACAGUGGAGCCACCCCACCUGUCGGAUUAUUCUUUACUAAACAUAAUGAUGCCAGAAGUCUGUUCUACGCCUUCAGGGAGAACCUCAUCAGCAUCGGCGAGCUGAUCGACAUCAUGCGGCAGAUCCAGAACAUUCCAGAGCACAAGCUGCAGAGCAUCGCCAAGGCGCUCGACGACAACAAGGACGGGAAGAUCGACAUCGACGACGUCAUCAAAGUGGUGGAACUGAUCGACAAGGAGGACAUCGACAUCUCCACCACGCAGGUGGCCGACAUCAUGGUGAUGCUGCAGAAGGAGGAGAAGCUGAUAGAGAAGGAGAAGGCCAAAGAGAAGGCCGAGAAGGAACAGGCAGCCACACUCAACAACUAACAAAAGACACUUGUCAACAGCAACAACAACAACAACAACAACAGACCCCUGAGUAGUUUGUGAUUCCGCUCACAGAACCUCUGGAUGGUUCUGGACAUCUGGACACAGAGAGGUAACAGCUGCCUUCUCAAAAUGUCAUUCCAACAUCAAUUUGAGCCCCAAAAAAUGUAUUGUUGUAAAAUUAAAAUUAAAAGGCACAUUGCCUUUUUAAAAAUGCACAAAAUCAAAAAGAAACUUAAAUUGCCGUCAUGUUAAACUCUUCUGUUCAUGUACUAUAUGAUAAUAUUUGGUUUUGUGUAAUUUUACUCAAUAAUUUAUUGACAAAGGGAACAAAAUGAUAUGAAGCAGUGGUUGUUAAUCAGAAUAUAUAUAUAAAUAUAU